AUGCUCGAGUGGACAUAUGCAGGUAUUAAUUUUUCGGCUAAAACUACCGAACCAUGGGCUGAUGAUGGAGGUAUUGAAUGUGCAGCACAUUCAACAUUACGUCAACGUUUAUUUGAAACAAUUCUUACAGUAAUUGUUGCUUCAUGUGAAAUUUAUUAUGCAAUUUAUCAUGGAAAAAAUCAAUUAGGAACAUCAUUUCCUCGUGAAUAUGCACGAGAACGUCAAGGACGACCAAGUGUCUUAAGACGUUUAGUACUUGUAUGUUAUGCUCUUUUAUGGGGCAUUGAAAUUGGAUUUAAAUUAGCAUCACGUCAACUUAUUUAUAUACUUAAUCCAUGUCAUAUUGUCACUUUGAUACAAAUUAUGCUCCUAACUUUCUCAUCGAAUUAUUAUACACGUGGACUCUAUCGUUUACAGGCUGGCUUGUUAAAUGGUGGUACACUGGCAAUUUAUUUUCCAGUGACAUCAACGAGACUUUUUCCAUUCGAAGUUGAACUUUACUAUAUUCAACAUAUUCUUAUUUUAGUUGUACCAAUUUUUCUUCUUUCAUCUCAUGGAGGUUAUAGUCUUGAACCAGUUGGAUCUUUUCGUUGGACAAUAUUAGCUAUUGCUACACUUCGUCUUUAUCAUUAUUUUGUAUUACAACCAAUUUCUUUAUUAACAUGGGUAAAUCUCAAUGGUGUUUUAUGUCCAUUUCAAUUCGAUCCAUUUAUUGGUCGAUACUAUCGCUUAUGGGCUCAUAUACAUCAAACAUUAUUUAUGAUAAUUCAUCAUAAACUAUUUUCUGUUGUAGCUCGUACUUGUAUUCAAUUUAGUAUACGACGUAUUAUGUAUUAUAUAAAACGACAACAACAAAUGACUAUUAGUGAUAUUUCUAAGGACAAGUAA